CUGGGCCAGUGUGUGUGUUUUGAAGUUGGAGCUUUGUAGAGAGCUGAGCCCUCCCCACAGCCUCCCUCUCUCUCUCUCUCUCUCUCUCCCUCUCUCUCUCUGUGCGGGUAUCGCAGCCCGAGUGAACAUGGCGGAGCGGAGUGGGAUGCGUUCAAGCGCCGAAGGAAAGUUGCUGUUUUAAGCCGAACCCGUAUUGCUGUGUCUGCUCCGGUGGCGGAUGUGUAAGCGGUAAGUAGACACGUGCGCACCGGAGACGUGGGAGGAAACUGCGCGCCUGCUGGGUAGCUGAAGUGGCGCUGUGCGCGAGCCGCUCCUGGGCUGCGAUGUGGCGGAUCUGAGCGAUGCAGUGGAGUGAGAAAUGGAGCUGAAGCUCAAACAGACCUGGGCUCUGUGAUCCAUAUUACUGUACAGCUGCUGAGCUUGAUCAGGUGAUGCCUGAUCAGCACUUCCCAUAAGAACAAAGGCGAGUGCUGUGAAUCCAUAGCUUCCUCAAUGAAUCUAUUGUUCAAACAGAUGAAUGACCCACCAAAGGAGCAUAGAUGAAAAAGAAAGCCUGGGGCGUUUUCAUAAACUUGUUUCUAUAACCAGAGAAAAAGAAAGGAGGAGCGGCGAGCCUGUCGCCAGCUAUGGGUGCCAUGGUUACUUAGAUGCAAUGGUUGUGUCUUAGGCCAACUCUGGUUGCUCCUCUUCCUCAAGAACUUUGGGUGCUUUCCCUGCAAUCCUGGCCCUGCAAGCAUGGCUGGUAUGAGGAAGUUGACUCGCGCUGUGCGCCAGCAGGGGCUCCACCGCCUGGUUCUGGCUCUUAUCCUCUUCUGCCUGCUUUCCAUGGCCUACCUGGCCUACCAUGUCAGUGGUGGGCCUAAGAUCAAGGAAGCGCCUCCUUUGCCACUGGGGGAAUGUGUGACUGCGGCUCCCAUCGCCAUUAGCCAGCGGGUUCCUCUGUUCCUGCCCUCUGAGCUGAGUCAUCAGUGGCAGGCAUCAAGGAAGCUAGACACUACACGCAUUGAGCCUGUGGUGCUGCUGUUCAUCGAGAGCAUUUACUCUCAGCUGGGCCAGGAGAUUGUGGCCAUCUUGGAGUCUAGCCACUUUAGGUACCACACUGAAAUUGCUCCGGGUAAAGGUGACAUGCCUGCCUUGGCCUGGCGGGGUAGAGGCCGCUACGCUUUAAUCAUCUAUGAAAAUCUGCUCAAAUAUGUCAACUUGGACUCCUGGAAUCGACAGCUGUUGGAUAAGUACUGCCAAGACUAUGGCGUGGGCAUCAUUGGUUUCUACCGUGCCAAUGAAAAUUCUCCAUCUAGUGCCCAGCUCAGAGGAUUCCCACUUUACUUGCGCUCCAACCUUCCACUAUGGGACUAUCGGAUCAACCCAGCUGCUCCACUACUCUACAUCACCCGGCCCAGUGAACUAGAACCCGGCCCACUCCCUGCUGAUAACUGGACCACCUUCUUGUCAAACCACAGCACCUAUGAGCCUGUACUGCUGGCCAGCCCCAGGCCUGCUGAGCUGUCAACACAUUCCAUUCUGCAGAGGGUGCUGUUAGCUACUGUAAUACAAGAUCUGGGUCUUCACGACGGGAUCCAGCGUGUCCUCUUUGGUGCAAGUCUGUCCUUCUGGCUGCAUAAACUGCUGUUUGUGGAUGCAGUUGGCUAUUUGACAGGCAGGAAGCUCAGUUUAUCACUGGACAGAUUCUUACUCGUAGAUGUGGAUGACAUCUUUGUUGGGAAGGAAGGGACACGCAUGAAAGUGGCUGAUGUGGAGGCCCUGCUUCACACCCAGACCAAACUCCGUGCUCUGGUACCUAAUUUCACAUUCAACCUGGGCUUCUCAGGAAAGUUCUUCCAUACAGGUACGGAUGAGGAGGAUGAAGGUGACAACACCUUGCUCAGACACAGGCAGGAAUUCUGGUGGUUUCCUCACAUGUGGAGCCACAUGCAGCCACAUCUCUUUCAUAAUGUCAGCGUGCUGACAGAUCAGAUGAGACUCAACAAGCAGUUUGCUCAGGACCAUGGCAUCCCCACUGACAUGGGCUAUGCUGUGGCCCCUCACCACUCGGGUGUUUACCCAGUACACAACCAGCUAUACAAGGCCUGGAAGAGUGUGUGGGGCAUUUCAGUGACCAGUACAGAGGAGUAUCCUCAUCUUAGACCUGCCCGUUUCCGCAGGGGCUUCAUUCACAGCGGCAUAAAGGUUCUCCCACGGCAAACAUGUGGACUCUUCACACACACUAUCUUCUAUAAGGAUUACCCAGGAGGCCCUCAAGAACUGGACAAAAGCAUCCGGGGUGGAGAGCUGUUCCUUACUGUGCUUCUCAAUCCGGUCAGUAUUUUCAUGACCCACUUGUCUAACUACGGUAACGAUCGACUGGGUCUGUACACUUUUGAGUCUCUGGUAAAGUUUGUGCAGUGCUGGACUCACCUGCGCUUACAGACUCUGCCACCCAUGCGCCUGGCUGAGAAAUAUUUCCACAUCUUCCCUGAUGAGAGAGACCCCCUGUGGCAGAAUCCUUGUCAUGAUAAGAGGCAUAAAGACAUCUGGUCGAAAGAGAAGACCUGUGAUAGGCUGCCCAAGUUUCUGGUUAUUGGGCCCCAGAAAACAGGGUCAACUGCUCUGCACGCAUUUCUUUCCCUCCAUCCUGCCAUCACUGCCAGUUCAUUCAGCACUGUCACAUUUGAGGAGGUGCAGUUCUUUAGUGGAUCAAACUACCUGCAGGGAAUUGAUUGGUACAUGGACUUUUUCCCAGUGCCCUCUAAUGUGAGCACAGACUUUCUAUUUGAGAAGAGUGCUAAUUACUUUGACACUGAGGCCGUCCCAAAGAGAGCUGCAGCACUGCUGCCCAGAGCCAAAAUCAUAACCAUUCUCAUCAACCCAGCUGACAGAGCGUACUCCUGGUACCAGCAUCAGAGGGCUCACCGGGAUCCUGUGGCUCUGAACUACACAUUCCAGCAGGUGAUCUCUGCAGGUUCGUCUUCUCCUGCAGCGCUGCUUACUUUACGCCGCCGCUGCCUGCAGCCGGGAUACUACAGCAGCCAUUUAGAGCGCUGGCUCCAUUAUUACCAGCCCAGUCAGCUUUUGAUUGUUGAUGGACUCCAGUUGCGGUCCAAGCCAGUGCAGGUGAUGGACAGUGUGCAGAAGUUUCUGGGUGUUACACCCUACUUCAACUAUACUCAGGCACUCACAUUUGAUGAGAGUAAAGGCUUCUGGUGUCAGAGACUGGAUGCAGGCCGAACGCGCUGCCUGGGCAAGAGCAAAGGCAGGAAAUACCCCGAUAUGAGCCCAGAGUCUUGGACCUUUCUGUCGGAGCAUUACCGAGAGCAGAAUGUGGAGCUGCUGAGGCUGUUGAAGCGCUUGGGGCAGCCUCUGCCCAGCUGGCUCCGAGAUGAUCUCCACAACGCCGGCUGGAGCUGACACCAAGAAGCACAAUGAGGAAUAGAAGCCCACAGCGAUCCCUGCUCCACCCCACAGCACACAAGGCUGUGUCACUGCAGGACAGAGGACAUUCGAUUCUCCCAGUGUCCCAACACACACACACACACACACACUCCAAGUCCAACCAGGACAAGUGGACACCUUCUGUGUGCGUGUGUGCGAGAGCUGAGCUCCAGCUUUAAAAGGGAGCUGAGAAUCAGAGUUUGUACAUUUUGACGAGGACUCUACACCUAUUUAAUAACCAAGAUGAAGACAUAAGAGCUAGUUAGUUGUAUUUUGGAUAACUGACAGAGAAGCUCAUUAAUUGCAUUGUGGGAAAUGGUGUUUCACAAUGAAUUUUUCAGCUAAUGAGAUGAGCAUCUUAGAAACUUAGAAACACUUAGCAAAGUGGAUGUGAAGAAAUUCACAGGCUGGUCAUAAUGAGCUUUUUUUUUUUUUUUUUAAUUCUGCCAAGCAGAGAAGUACUUGAGUGUGUGCCAUCUAAGAUUUCGGACGUUUGCUGAUGUUUCAAAUUGUCUUGAUCUGUGAGCAUCAGGAUUAGAUUCUGACUGUUUCACAACCAGCUUCAUACCACUGAACUAAAACAUUCCAGGGCCGGAGUCUAUAAGGCCAUUGCACUUUUCAGCGUUUUAUUUUGGACUUUCAAAAGAAAUGAAAUAGGAGUGUUUGAACUAUAAACCGAGUUGAGUUUUGGGAUCAGUGAUUGAUUGAUUGACUAGCAUGUUUCCCAGCCUGAUAAGUCGCAGGCAGCUACACGACCAACUCAAUUAGCACAUGAAAAAAAAAAAAAGUGUAUGAAGAACGUUGAACCUGUGCUGAUGACCAGAUAUGGUUUUGUUCCAGUGUUUAAUGUAAUGAGGUCAGCAGUGUUUCCGACGUGACUUGCCAUCUCUAACCGCGCCAAACUAAACUGCUGGGUUCAAAUGAGGUAACUUUGUGUUGUGUCUGAGAGUCGUACCAAUGAGGGAGUCAGGGUGUGUGUGUGUGUGUGUGUGUGUGUGUGUGAGUGAGAGAGAGAUUGCGUUUGUGCAAAUAAGUGAAAGUCAGUUGCAGUGGCUGUACUGUGCAUCAACACUAGUAUAUUCUGUUUUUUUUUUUUUUCUUGGGUCAAAUUUAAAUCAGGUAAAAAUGCACAUCUGCAAAUAAAUGCACACAAUAAAGGCACUCAGGUGUGUCGGCUUCCAGUUCCUCCUGUUGUGUGUGGAGUGAAAGGAGACUGGAUGCGUUCUCUGUGCUUUGCUUUAUCAGAUGGUACAGUAGGAGGAGCGCAGAGAGGAAUAAGUUUGAUUAAUCACUUGCCGAAACGAGAGACUCAGGCUCCAUGUUAGGGCUCUAGGCAGCAAGAGCAGCCCUUAAAUAAGUCUGCUCCGUUCCUCUGGGAGCUACAGACAGUACACUAUGUACUGACAGGUAGAUGGAGGAAGCAAGCGUGUGUGUGAGAGAAUAUGAACGACUUGGGCAGCAACUGGAACGCUUCUUGGGCAGACGAAUGCAUCCUACUGCCACAUAAUUAAAAAUAAUUUAUUCUUAAAAGUCCAUUAAUUGAUUUGUAUAUGCCAGUACUUUAGUUCCUUAAUUUUCAUAAAUGCUAUUGGAAAACACUUGGCAGCAAAUGCUGAAAUGGCCUUUUUAUUAGACAUGCAGGUUUUAGUAAUUACAAAAACACCAAUGAAAAUCUUGGAGCAUUCAGUGGUUGUCAGUUGAUGGUUUUAUUAAAUGUAUGAUCAUGCAAAAUCCAGCAUUCAUAUACGUAGCCCGAUAGUAUACCAUUACAAUGCAGGAGAUUUACUCAAUGAGGGGAGCAUACAAAGCUGAGUUAUCGAUUCCUUUUUUUUUUGUUUGUUAUUACUUUUUCUUUUUUUUUCCUUUUUUUUUUUUUUUUAAAGAUGGUA